AUGUCGUUUAUAUGUCAUCGUAUCGGUCGUUCAUUGCCAUCGUUAUCGAAACCGAUUCGCAGUUUACUAUUCUCAUCCAAUCGUUUUUUACGUUCAAGUGAUGGCAAAGAUGUUAAUCAUAUCGUGAAACGUGUGAAGACGUUCGCCGAUCGAGAAGGACGUCAGCCAAGAAUUCUCGUUUCAACUAUUGACAAGAACGGACACAGCGCUGACAAGAUGGUCAUUGCUACUGGCUUUGCUGAUCUUGGUACGUCUCUUGUCGCUUGCUCAUUCUUUGGUCGAUUCUCGCCUACCACUUGA